CGCUCUCUCUCUCUUUUUUUCGAAAUGCUCCUCUCCACUCGCGUUGACAUUUGCCACAUUGAUUUGGAAUCGUCAACUUUUGCACCCACCGCUCUCGCCAUUCCAACCGCACUUUCGCACAAUGCAGACAAGGAGAUCGCAACAAGCUCCACCGACAGCACUCGCUUCAGACCAUAGAAACGACUCCAAAGCCGGAUUUACGUCUUUGCGGGGCUUCAAGUCGCCAUGUCACAAAAUUUUGAUCUGCGCUCAUCAGCCCCGCAACAGCCAUCGUCUUCUGAAGAGCAACAGCAGCAGCAGCAGCAACAACAACAACCAACCGUUACUACACCACAUCAACAGCAUCAGCUGCCAUUACGGCAAUGGAUAGAACAGCAGCCGACGAACCGCUUUGUACCGCCACGAAUUCUCGAGUACGGACCUCCGGUGGGCUUAGAUUCAGAUACCCUCCGAAUCGUCCUGGGCCUGGUGGACGUCGAUUUGAUUCCAAUGUUACGCAUAGCACUCGGCUCGUGCGUCCUGCCGACACGGCAAACACUUGUCAACCCAACUGCCGUAUAUGUACAAUUGACAGCCGCCGUUCCAAACUGGCAGAUGACUCGCGCGCCUGACAGAACCCGCGUUCCUGUCUAUGUCGUCAUUUGCGAGCAGAACCACCAAGAGGUCAUUGAUAACUGGUUUAUUGGCUACUUUGCUUACGACUAUGCCCGAAAACGAUCCUCAGCUGAGUACGGAUCGUCCAUGACUUCGAGCACUGGGUCCAAACGCACCAGGCGGGCUGAGUCAUUGUCGUCUUUGCAGCAACAGCAGCAGCAGCAGCAGCAACAACAACAACAACAACAACAGCAUCAGACAGAUCCAGCAGCUGCUGCAGCUGCUGCCUACAUGGUACCUGCAUAUCAAGGCUAUCCUGCAUCCGGCUACUAUGGCCUGCCGCCGUCUCCAGCACCAUACAUGGCGCAUUAUCCACCCACUUCCCACACCACCGGGCCACCGGCUCCGACCCGAUCUUCGCGCGGAUAUUACGAAGGUAAAGUCAUUUUCUUAAUUGAUUGUUCUUCUUGUUCUCCUUUCGCUUUUUGCAGUGCUAUUCUUUCCAUUACAACACACUCUUCGUUCUCGCUCUCUCUCUGUCUCCGCUUUCGCAUAUCAUUGCUAUAAUUGGACCUAUCUCCGUUUCCUUUCAUCAUCAUCAUCAUCAUCAUCAUCACCUCUUAUUAUUACUACUAUUACUGCUGUCCUUUUCUGUGUCUGGGUUUCUUUUUCCUCUCCU